AAAUAUUUUUAUAUUUAAUUAGAAAAAAAAUGGAAUCUUCUAAAAGUGCUGCUUCAGAGAGUGAAUCUAUUACUGACAUACAAAAUUAUUUAGCUACUUUUAAUAAGGAAAUUCAAGAUGGUUCCAACACAGCAAGCUCUGACAGUGUACAACAUAUCAUACAAGAUGUUGGGAGAACAGCAUAUUAUUUAACACAGUCUGGCAGUGAAAACCAUAUAGGGGAAUACCACUAUAGAAGUCAUGAUCAGAUUACUUCAGAGAAAACAGAAGAAUUAUUACAAGUCAUGGAAAGGAAAAGCAAUACUUCAGGAAGUACAGAUACACAGGAUCAACCAACGUUUAUUGCUAUGCAGCCUAAUAUAGGAAAUGAGAUACAAACUGGAGAAGAACAGGAUGGAAACACUCAGGAUUCAACAAUAAACUGUAGAAAUAGGUAUCCUCAAUCUGUUCAUAUGGUUGUAAAGCAACCUGAUGGGACAGAAACUGAGCAGACUGUACCAAUCACUAGUGCUUCAGGAUCAACAUUAAUUACUGCUGAUGGACAACAGAUUCAUAUUAGUGAUGAUGGUACACUUCAGAUGGUAGCUAAGCUUGCAGAGCAAGCUGCAAAUAAUGGGAUUGAUGGAAAUAAUCAGGUAAUAUUGAAUACAGGAAAUUCUUAUCAAACAGUGACUAUUGUCCCUUCUGAUACUAACCCAGGCGAAGUUAGUUAUGUUUUAAUUGUGUCACAACCAGAUGAAUCUAAAGGUGAAAAAGAACUUAGUUUGGAUAUGUCAGUGUAUGAUUUUAAUGAAGGUGAAAAACAUAGUGAAUUGUUGUCGACUGAAUUUACUGCUGAUGGGACCAAAACACAUGCAAUAAAAGUAACUCCUAAAAAGAGUCAACAAAUAGCUCAACCACAUAUGUGUAAUUAUUGCAAUUAUACAAGUCCAAAACGUUAUUUGCUUUCACGUCAUAUGAAAUCUCAUUCAGAAGAACGUCCUCAUAAAUGUAGUGUUUGUGAACGUGGUUUCAAAACUUUAGCAUCUUUGCAAAAUCAUGUGAAUACCCACACUGGAACUCGACCUCAUCAUUGCAAAGAUUGUCCAGCUGCAUUUACUACUUCGGGAGAAUUAGUCCGUCAUGUACGAUAUAAACAUACUCAUGAAAAACCACACCAUUGUACUGAAUGUGAUUAUGCUAGCGUAGAAUUAAGUAAGUUGAAACGACACAUGAGAUGCCAUACAGGAGAAAGACCUUACCAGUGUCCUCAUUGUACUUAUGCAAGUCCAGAUACUUAUAAAUUAAAACGCCAUCUUCGUAUACACACAGGGGAGAAACCUUAUGAAUGUAAUGUCUGCCAUUCUAAAUUUACUCAGUCAAAUAGUUUAAAAGCACAUAAACUAAUUCAUUCAGGAAAUAAACCAGUAUUUAAGUGUGAACUCUGUCCAACAACUUGCGGCCGAAAGACUGAUCUCCGAAUUCAUAUGCAAAAGUUACAUAAUACUGAUAAGCCUUUAAAAUGUAAAAGAUGUGGAAAGGUGUUUCCUGAUCGAUACACAUAUAAGGUGCAUGUGAAAACCCAUGAAGGAGAAAAAUGUUUCAAAUGUUAUUUAUGUUCUUAUGCAUCAAUAUCUCAACGUCAUUUAGAAUCACAUAUGUUGAUACAUACUGAUCAAAAACCAUUUUGUUGCGAUCAAUGUGAUCAAUCAUUUCGUCAGAAACAGUUAUUGAGAAGGCAUAAAAAUUUAUAUCAUGAUCCAUCUUAUGUUCCUCCUCUUCCCAAAGAAAAAACUCACGAGUGUUGUGAAUGUGGAAAGAGCUUCCGUCACAAGGGCAAUUUAAUUAGACAUAUGGCAGUUCAUGAUCCAGAUGCUUCUGCAGCAGAGAAAGAAGAAGCUUUGCGUAUUGGUGAACCUAAAGGCCCAGGAGAACAACCUGAUGGUGAAGAAGAUUAUAUCGAUGAUGAUUAUAAUUGUAUGCAAAUAGCUGAACUACAAACAAAUGGAUCAUUAACAUGCAAUAAUGAAUCACAGGUUGUAGUAUUUGAAGUUAUACAGCUGCCUAAUGAUGAGACUGGAGAGGAAAAUAAAAUAAUUAGUGCAAUGCCAGAUGGUACUGUGACACUUUCUGCAGCAGAUACUGAUUCACAGGGUUUAACUAUUAUUCAGCAGAUUCCUUCAGGAAGUUUAGCAGAGGAAGUGGCUGCUGCCAUUGCCCAAGUUCAUGGCGACGACACUGAAAUUUCUGAUUUGAUUACUCCAUUAAAAUCAGAAGAAUAUAAUCAAUCAAAUGAUUCUAUUACAUUGCAAGAAACUCCCAAAAGAAGUAGAGGUAGACCUAGAAAAAUAAAUAAUUCUACUCAUAAUGAAUCAAAUUUUAAAGAAAAUAGUGAAGAAAAUGAAGUUUGUUGUUUAGAAAAUGAUGGUGAUGAUCAAAUGGAAACAACUCUAUUAGUGAUGGAAACAAGACAGAGCAGAAAGAGGAGAGUUGCGGAAACUGGUGAAGCUGAAAACAUAGUGACGGUAGUUCCUCCAAGAAAAACACCAAACUUAGGAUCUCAAAAGAAUUCAAAGAGUUCUGAAGAUUUAGAAGAAAUAGUAAGAGUUGCUAAUGAUCCAGAAGAAAUAAAAAGGAAAGAAGCGGAAAUAGUGCAAAAAAAAUUAGAGCAAAAACAGAAGGAUGUAGAGGAAUGUUUUGGCUUUAAUGAUGAUGAGGAAGAAGAUGAAGCUAUUCUUGCUAUGCCUACUAAUCCAGGUGUGAGAUUGAAUCAGACUCAUUCAUCACCAACCAUGGAUGAUAACAUUCUUGUUAGCAAGACAGAAGUAUCUCAUAUUUUUAAUUCUCUUCAGAAUGGUAACAUUUAGACUAUAGCUCAGAAUUUAUUUAAAAAGACAAAAGGAAAGUGAAUGUAUUGUUAGUGUUGUGUUAUUUGUAAUUGUUUUAACAUUUACUUUUUAUCAGUUGAUUGUUGAUUUUUAUAUAGUUUGAUGUAUUUCAUUUAUAUAUUACAUAUAUAUUGUUCUCCAAGAGGAACAAUUUACCAAAAAUAUAAAAGCCAUCCAAAUUAUAUUUAUAAAUUUUUGUAAUUUAGGUUCACUUAUUCAUUCUGUAUAGCUGUUUUAGUUUUAAAUGCUAUUUAGUUUAUUCUAGUUUUUGAAAAGUCUUUCUGAAGUAAGAAAGAAAACUACACGUGAUUCUAGUACAACUUUUCAUCCGUCUAUGAUAUGAUGGAACAUAAAUGAUACUGUGAUCCAUAGGUUAAUUAAAAAAAAGUAAAGAUCUAUAUGCUAUA